GUAAUUGAGUUGGUAAAUAAUUCAAGUUGAUAAUAUUCAUAUAUAUCUGAGGAAUAAUAAGUAUGCGACAAGAAGUUGAUGAGCUGUGGAAUUGCUCCAUUGAUCCUGAUAGAAUGUAUCGACUCAAUAGUUUAUCAUCAACCAAAGAGUCAACUACAGAAAUGGAUACUCCUCAGCAUUUAUCAAGAUCAAGUCUAGCAUCAAGUGUUUUUUCUGAAUUAGAACAAUCACCUGUAUCAGUACAAGACAAUCAAAACCCUUCAAAUAACCCUGAUUGUAAUUUUUUUAAAAUUCAAUUAGAAAUUUCUCCAUCCCCUCGGCGAAAAAUAUCUGAUAGUUCUGAUGCUUCUUCCUAUGACUCAGCAAGUAUCAGUCCAUACCAAUCAACAAAUUCUCUAGUGUUUGUAGACUUGACUCCAAGUCCAGUUACCCAAGGUAAGUUCGAUGAUAUUAUUGAAAAAAUAGUCGAACUUAAAUUUUCUGGUAAUAAAUCCAAUGAUAAAGACCAAGAUCCUAAAGUUAAUGAUAAUUAUAAUAGUGAAACUAGUAAUGAUGAUAAAGAUAAUAUUAACAACAAAAAAAAUGACAAUAAAAGCAAUAAUGAUAAAGAAGCUAAAGAUUUAAAUGCGAAUUAUAAAGAAAAAUUGAAUGAUAAUAAUGAUGAUGAAGAAGAAGAGAAAGAUGAAAAAGAAACAAGCGAUACUGAUGAUGAAGAUGAUGGUUUAAUAGCAAGAGGUCCAAUAAAGCCUAAAACAUCACGCAAUAAUCUUUCUCAUACCUUUGAUGAUUGGUUGGAAAAUGCCGCUGGAAUGUCAUCCUACACUUCAAAUAUUGACUCGACUGCUCAGCAGAUUUUAAGUAAUCAAUACUUCAGGAACGUGAUAGACCCCUGUCUAGAUCGAUUAGAGAAUUCUGCAGGAGAAAAAGAUUACUCGAGAAAUUACGAGAACGGGUGGAAUACCAUAAACAAUCAUAACAUCAUGAAUAAUGCACAGAAUUUGAAUGAGAUAAAUAAUCAAAUUCCUUCGAUAACAUUCACGAAAAAUUCCUUAACAAGUGAGGAACUAGUUAAGAUGAUAAACAUGAAACAAUUUCAAGGAGCUCAACCAGACAAUAUAAAUUUAUCUUCAUCAAGAAUGAGUGAAAAUUGGCCAGAUUCACCGGCAAGUUAUAAUGUAUUAUCAUCUAGAUCUCACAGUAGAGCUUCAAGUCGAGCUCAAUCACCUGGUUUUGCUAAUACUGGGUCCCCAGCAGUACCUUUGAAUAUUUCUGGAAGUCCACCAGAGUUAUUACAAAGACCUACAAAUUUUCGAGUACCCACAGCUCUCUCAUCUUCAUCAUCAUCAAGUUAUUCAUUUGGAGAUACUCCAAGUCCAUCAAACUAUCAAUAUUCAGUUGAGCCAAAAAUAGAAGAACAAUUAGGAGUUGAAUUCGUUGACUUUUCAUGCUGUAAUGGCUGUGAAUCUUUAGGUGGUAUGACAAAUCCUAGUGAGAAUUCCAUCGACUUUGAUAACAACUUGCAAAUGGUUGAGGAAAUAAUUGGAAACAAUUUAGAAUGGAAUGAAAUUCAAGUUAUUCCAAACCAAUUCGUACAACAGAAUAAUAAAACAUCACUUGGACAUUUUCAUGGGAUAAAUAAACUUUCUGACAAACAAAGCAGUGAAAAUAGAGAGAAUAAUCAAGAAAACUCACCAACAAAUAUUGUAGAUCUCGGCAAUACAGCUUCACUUAUUAGUUCUGCACAUAAUGAUUUAGUAUAUCCUGAUAUCAAUGAUAGUUAUAAAAUAUCAGACUAUCAAAAUAAUUCACAAUCAAACUUCUUUAAUACCAACUCAUUAAAUCCUAGUGGAAAUGAAAUUAAUUUUGAACAUGAAAUAGAUAAUUUAUUAUCAACAAGUUAUAACGACAACUCUGUAGGAAAUCAAUAUUAUUUCAAUGAGCCCCAGGCAUCUAAUUCUGCAAAUAAUUAUUUAUCGAAUUAUAAUAAUUUUUCUCAAGUCCAUCAGACCUCAGAACAACAAAUAAAUAAUAGACAUGAUCCUUCCACUUCUACCGUUCAACAAGAAUAUUUCAAUAACUCCUGGAAUACAAUACAAAAUGUGCCAUUUGAUGACUUCCAAAUACCUGAAACCGUAUCAUCUUUCAAACGAAACACUACAGUGAAGAGAAGUUCUAAUAGACACAUAGCACCAUGGCCAUCUUUAAACCUUCCUUUUACACAAGCCAGCCGGAGAUUAAAAGAUGGAUUAGAUCCAAAAGAUGUCGAGAAAGCUAUGAAGAAUCUUCUAAAAAAAUCCCCUCAAGAACUUGCUGCAGCUGAUGAAGAUGGAGAUACAAUGCUGAUGUGUCUAGUGGGUAACCCAAUAGAACUAGAAAAGAAGAAAGCGUACUUAAUACCACUAGUAGAACGACUUGGAAUCUACAAUGAUGCAUUGUCAAGGAUAAAUAAUAGAGGAGAGGAUGCUUUGUAUUUAGCAGCAAUGAAUUGUCCACAAAUGGGUGAAGUGGCAGGUUAUCUAGGUGCUGUGAUGCUUCAAAAAGGCAUUGACAUUAGCCAACGACUUUAUCAAACCCGAGGAGAUACAUUAAUUCAUGCAGUUGUAGCGAAUGGUGAUACUCAUGUAUCAGUUUUAGCAGAACUAUUGGCCCUAAAAACUGCUCAGCGUAAUUCAGUGUUUGAUUUAUCAAAGUGUAAUUACGAUGGUAGAACACCACUUCACGUAGCAGUAGAAGCUCAUGAUCCUCACGGAUCAGGUAUCAAUGCAAUAGGAACAAUUCGACUUUUAUUAGAUAAUGGAGCAGAUCCAAGAAUUAAAGAAAUCAAGUGCGGAAAUACUCCUUUACACUUGGCAGUAUCUUUGAGUUGUGAUCCAGCACUUGUCAAGGGUUUGCUGGCAAGAAAUGGACAUGAAGCUGUCAAUAUUCAAAAUCGGAGCAAAAAUACUCCAUUACACAUGGCAGCAGCUGUGUCUGAUCGUAUUCCAUUAGAAAGACAAAUGGAAGUUUGUGCAGCCCUCAUUAAUGCCGGUGGAUUGACUAACAUUUUGAACCAACAUGGAAAAACACCACUUGCUCUAGUUUCAAUUGAACGCAAAGAAUAUAUCAGAAAUAUUUUUCGAAAGAAAUUUUAAAAACUAUCUAUAAGUGGUUUUAUAUUUCUAAGUUUUUUUUUUUUUAGUUUCUAAAAAAAUUUUUUUCAAUAAUUGAUGAUAAGUAGUAUAAUAGUUUGAAUGGAUAAUAAAAAUAAGUAAUAAGAUAAUUAAUAUUAAAUAAUA